UCAGUGUUAGACAGGGGUAUUUCCAGAGACUAGAAUUCCACUGUUUAUAUUUGCUGAUAUCACAAGUGGAUCCGGGAAGGGAAGUCCUGAACCAUAGCCGAACUCCAAUAUAAAGGCAGCAGCACAGUGAUUCCCAGACUAGAAUUUCAAAUCAGAACCUUCAUAUUAAUAAAGACCUACAGAGACGACUGUCAACAGGACCAUUUCUGUACAUUGCUGACAAUGGGCGUUUGCGACCAUGUACCUUUGCAAUUUUUUGCCUUUCUUGUUGUUAUUUCUUCAGCACUAAACAUAUGGAGAGGCACUGAAGGCUGGUCAUACCAUUACUCCAACUCCAAAAUGAACUGGGUACAUGCCAGACAAUGGUGCAGGCAGCAGUACACUGACAUGGUGGCUAUCCAGAACAAAGAGGAGAUUUCUCAUCUCAACAACAUCCUUCCAAAAGUCAGUGGAUAUUACUGGAUUGGCAUUCGUAAAAUUGAGGGCAGGUGGACCUGGGUGGGAACUAACAAGACACUUACCAAGGAAGCUGAGAACUGGGCAGAUAAGGAACCCAAUAACGGAGGAAAUAAUGAAGACUGUGUGGAAAUAUAUAUUAAAAGAGAGAAAGAUGAAGGCAAAUGGAAUGAUGAAUCCUGCUCAAAGGAGAAGACUGCACUGUGCUACACGGCGUCCUGCAAGGAUGACUCUUGUGUUAGUGGUCAUGGAGAGUGUGUAGAAACCAUAAACAACCAUACAUGCUCAUGCUUUAAAGGUUUCUAUGGAGAACGAUGCGAACAUGUUGUAAAAUGCAAACCAAAUGAAGCCACACCAACAGAUCAUGCUCGUGUCCAGUGCUCUCAUCUCAAUGGAAAUUUCUCAUAUGGCUCUCAGUGUGAAUACUCCUGUGAGGAAGGUUAUGAACUAAAGGGCUCCAGUACAACAAGAUGCACUUCUACAACGGAGUGGUCAAGCAAACCACCAACCUGUGAACUUGUUCAAUGUCCAGAGCUGAACAAACCACAGGAUGGUGUAAUGCGGUGUAAUCAUCCGAUGGGCCGAUUCAGCUACAGAUCCACUUGUGAGUUUGAAUGUGAAAAAGGAUACAUGCUGCGAGACUCCAGCUCCUCUACACUGUUCUGUGGAGCAGCAGGACACUGGAAUGAUUCACAACCCACUUGUGAAAUUGUAAAAUGCAAACCGGAGGACGUCACCCCACCAGAUCAUGCUAGCGUCCAGUGCUCUGAUCCUACUGAUUUCUCAUAUGGCUCUCAGUGUGAAUACUCCUGUGAGGAGGGUUAUGAACUAAAGGGCUCCAGUACAACAAGAUGCACUUCUACAACGGAGUGGUCAAGCGAACCACCAACUUGUGAACUUGUUCAGUGUCCAGAGCUGAUCAAACCACAGGAUGGUGUAAUGCGGUGUAAUCAUCCGAUAGGCCAAUUCAGCUACGGAUCCACCUGUGAGUUUGAAUGUGAAAAAGGAUACAAGCUGCGAGACUCCAGCUCCUCUACACUGUUCUGCGGAGCAGCAGGACACUGGAAUGAUUCACAGCCCACUUGUGAAAUUUUAAAAUGCAAACCGGAGGACGUCACCCAACCAGAUCAUGCUAGUGUCCAGUGCUCUGAUCCUACUGAUUUCUCAUAUGGCUCUCAGUGUGAAUACUCCUGUGAGGAGGGUUAUGAACUAAAGGGCUCCAGUACAACAAGAUGCACUUCUACAACGGAGUGGUCAAGCAAACCACCAACUUGUGAACUUGUUCAAUGUCCAGAGCUGAACAAACCACAGGAUGGUGUAAUGCGGUGUAAUCAUCCGACAGGCCAAUUCAGCUACAGAUCCACCUGUGAGUUUGAAUGUGAAAAAGGAUACAAGCUGCGAGACUCCAGCUCCUCUACACUGUUCUGUGGAGCAGCAGGACACUGGAAUGAUUCACAGCCCACUUGUGAAAUUGUAAAAUGCAAACCGGAGGACGUCACCUCACCAGAUCAUGCUAGCGUCCAGUGCUCUGAUCCUACUGAUUUCUCAUAUGGCUCUCAGUGUGAAUACUCCUGUGAGGAGGGUUAUGAACUAAAGGGCUCCAGUACAAUAAGAUGCACUUCUACAACGGAGUGGUCAAGCGAACCACCAACUUGUGAACUUGUUCAAUGUCCAGAGCUGAACAAACCACAGGAAGGUGAAAUGUGGUGUAAUCAUCCAAUGGGCCAAUUCAGCUACGGAUCCACCUGUGAGUUUGAAUGUGAAAAAGGAUACAAGCUGCGAGACUCCAGCUCCUCUACACUGUUCUGUGGAGCAGCAGGACACUGGAAUGAUUCACAGCCCACUUGUGAAAUUUUAAAAUGCAAACCGGAGGACGUCACCCAACCAGAUCAUGCUAGUGUCCAGUGCUCUGAUCGUACUGAUUUCUCAUAUGGCUCUCAGUGUGAAUACUCCUGUGAGGAGGGUUAUGAACUAAAGGGCUCCAGUACAAUAAGAUGCACUUCUACAACGGAGUGGUCAAGCAAACCACCAACCUGUGAACUUGUUCAAUGUCCAGAGCUGAACAAACCACAGGAAGGUGAAAUGUGGUGUAAUCAUCCAAUGGGCCAAUUCAGCUACGGAUCCACCUGUGAGUUUGAAUGUGAAAAAGGAUACAAGCUGCGAGACUCCAGCUCCUCUACACUGUUCUGUGGAGCAGCAGGACACUGGAAUGAUUCACAGCCCACUUGUGAAAUUUUAAAAUGCAAACCAGAGGACGUCACCCCACCAGAUCAUGCUAGCGUCCAGUGCUCUGAUCCUACUGAUUUCUCAUAUGGCUCUCAGUGUGAAUACUCCUGUGAGGAGGGUUAUGAACUAAAGGGCUCCAGUACAACAAGAUGCACUUCUACAACGGAGUGGUCAAGCAAGCCACCAACCUGUGAAUUUGUUCAAUGUCCAGAGCUGAACAAACCACAGGAUGGUGAAAUGUGGUGUAAUCAUCCGAUAGGCCGAUUCAGCUACAGAUCCACCUGUGAGUUUGAAUGUGAAGAAGGAUACAAGCUGCGAGACUCCAGCUCCUCUACACUGUUCUGUGAGGCAGCGGGACACUGGAAUAAUUCACAACCCACUUGUGAAAUUGUAAAAUGCAAACCGGAGGACGUCAGCCAUCCAGAACAUGCUAGUGUCCAGUGCUCUGAUCCUACUGAUUUCUCAUAUGGCUCUCAGUGUGAAUACUCCUGUGAGGAGGGUUAUGAACUAAAGGGCUCCAGUACAACAAGAUGCACUUCUACAACGGAGUGGUCAAGCAAACCACCAACCUGUGAAUUUGUUCAAUGUCCAGAGCUGAACAAACCACAGGAUGGUGAAAUGUGGUGUAAUCAUCCGAUGGGCCAAUUCAGCUAUGGAUCCACCUGUGAGUUUGAAUGUGAAGAAGGAUACAAGCUGCGAGACUCCAGCUCCUCUACACUGUUCUGUGGAGCAGCAGGACACUGGAAUGAUUCACAGCCCACUUGUGAAAUUGUAAAAUGCAAACCAAAUGAAGCCACACCAACAGAUCAUGCUCGUGUCCAGUGCUCUCAUCUCAAUGGAAAUUUCUCAUAUGGCUCUCAGUGUGAAUACUCCUGUGAGGAGGGUUAUGAACUAAAGGGCUCCAGUACAACAAGAUGCACUUCUACAAUGGAGUGGUCAAGCAAACCACCAACCUGUGAACUUGUUCAGUGUCCAGAGCUGAACAAACCACAGGAUGGUGUAAUGCGGUGUAAUCAUCCGAUGGGCCGAUUCAGCUACAGAUCCACUUGUGAGUUUGAAUGUGAAAAAGGAUACAAGCUGCGAGACUCCAGCUCCUCUACACUGUUCUGUGGAGCAGCAGGACACUGGAAUAAUUCACAGCCCACUUGUGAAAUUGUAAAAUGCAAACUGGAGGACGUCACCCCACCAGAUCAUGCUAGCGUCCAGUGCUCUGAUCCUACUGAUUUCUCAUAUGGCUCUCAGUGUGAAUACUCCUGUGAGGAAGGUUAUGAACUAAAGGGCUCCAGUACAACAAGAUGCACUUCUACAACGGAGUGGUCAAGCAAGCCACCAACCUGUGAACUUCUUCACUGCCCGGCCCUUGACAGUCCUGUCAAUGGAAAGCUGAAAUGUACUUCAAGCUUUAGUUAUGGGAGCAAAUGCAGCUUCAUUUGUGAAGAAGGAUUCCUCCUCCAGGGGGCUUCAGAGAUCAGCUGUACAAAAACUGCAAAGUGGAGUCAGGAACCACCUCACUGUGAAGCAGUGGUCUGCCCACAAAUUUUUGAGCCAAUCAACGGGCAUAUGAACUGCUCAUCUGAAAAACACACCUUCGGCACCAUCUGCACCUUCAGCUGUCUUGAUGGCUACCAACUUAUCAGUAAUGAGGUGAUGUGCAACCUCAAUGGGAGCUGGUCAGGGGAAGUGGCAGUGUGUCAAGCACUUCCUGAUCCUUCUGCAUCACUUAUCAAAGCGACAGAAGUGACUCUUGGAGUUGCAGGUAUUGUCAGCAGCUCCAGUCUGUUCUUAGUCUACUGGAUACUGAAGAGACUAAGGAGUAAAGCUAACAAGUUUAAACUGAACAGUACCUCAGAUAUUGAGGAUCCACCACAGGCUUAUAAAACUGUUGAGAGUCUCAUAUAGAGCAGAAGAGCAUCAAACUACACAUGGAAUUUAUCGCUACUGCAUCGCUGGACAUAAUAAUGUCAUUUCAUUUCCAAAUGAUUUGACACUUAAAUGUGAUAAAAUGUUCUUCAUUCUCAGUCUGAUGGGCAUUACCAUUUUAUCAGGCAACAGUCCCAACUAAAUGUGACUUCUACUUCCCAAUGGAAGCUUUUAUUAUUUACUUGACUGAACAUAUUGUUCUGUACGGUUUAAAUAUUCUCUUUUUAUGUUAUUAAUAUACACUAUUUUUUGUACUAUUUAUUGUAUUGUCUAAUUAAAAUUUUGUAAACCAAUAAAGUUUGACUUUCAUAAUGUCA